AUGGCGGCAUACUUGGCAGCGGUGGAUUUGGAGUCGCGAAGGGCGUUACGGUGCGCGAGUGUUUUCAAGCGGCGGACUGUACUAUCCGAUAUUCCAGAAGGUCACCUGUUGCGCUACUGCAGGCUACCAAGUGCGUCAAUACUUAGCCUGUGUGGUAUUUUGGAGCCUGCUUUGAAGCGCCCCACAGCACCUCGUCAGGCUAUACCCGUUGACGUGCAACUGCUCCUUGCGCUUCGCUUUUAUGCGAGUGGGAGUUUUCAAUCUGUUGUGGGUGACGUAGCGGCCGUUAGCCAAAGCAGCGCUUCUCGAAUUGUUGCGGGAGUGACGAAGGCAAUCGUGGAGCUGGCUGCGUCAGAAAUAAAUUUUCCCCGGACGGCGCACAACGUACGAAAGACUGCUCUAGGCUGCUUGGAGAUAGCGGGGUUCCCGAAGGUGUUGGGUGCUAUUGACUGCACCCAUGUUCUCGUCAAGGCUCCAAACAAAGUGCUGCGACAGGCAUACCGCAAUAGGAAAGGACUAUAUUCCAUAAAUGUCCAGGCCGUCUGCAAUGCGGACUGUGAGUUUACCCAAGUGACAGCCAGGUGGCCUGGGUCUACACAUGACAGCUUCAUCUGGGCAUUCUGCAAUCUUCACGAUGAAUUUGAAUGGGGCAGAAUGCCUGAAGGCUGGCUUUUAGGUGACUCCGGCUAUCCUGCGCAGCCAUGGCUGCUCACGCCAUUCCAGGCUCCUUCAAACGAGGGAGAGGAAAGAUAUAAUUCAGCGCAUAUGAGGACACGGCAGGUCAUAGAGCGUGCUUUUGGACUCUUGAAGUCACGAUUCAGGUGUCUCGACAAGUCAGGAGGGUGCCUCAUGUAUCCCACGAGAAGGACGUCUGCAAUCAUCGUGGCAUGCAUAGUGCUGCACAAUUAUUGCAUGUGUCGCAACAUCGACCUCCGGAUCCUGUUGGAUGUUACUAUGGAGCCAAGUCCAUGUUCAUAA